AUGGGUUCCCUUUGGACAUUUGUCGCUUGGGGAAUGGAUGUAAUUAGAGCCAUAGAGCCUCCUGCAUUAAAUGGACAUCAUUUCAUCCUUGUAGCUAUUGAUUAUUUUAUAAAAUGGGUCAAAACUUCAACAUACAAGGCAGUAACUAAGAAGGUAGUGGUAGACUUUGUUCGCAACAAUAUAGUUUGUCAAUUUGGGAUCCUAGAAUCAAUCAUAACAAAUAAUGUGGCCAAUCUCAACAGUGAUCUUAUGAAGGAGAUUUGUGAACAGAUUGAGAUUUCUCAUCAAAAUUCCACAGCUUAUCGGCCAUGGAUGAAUGGAGUAGAUGAAGCUACAAAUAAGAAUAUCAAGAAGAUUUUUAAGAAAGAUACUGGUUAUCGCACCACAAUCAAAACAUCCAUUGGGCCAACUCCUUAUAUGUUGGUUUAUGGUUCAGAAGCAGUAGUACCUGCUGAAGUGGAAAGACCAUCUUUAAGUAUUAUUCAAGAGGUCAGUUUAGAUGAUGCAGAACGGAUUUGCAGAAGGAUUGAACAGUUGAUGCUCAAUGAUGAGAAAAGAAUGGAUGCAGUUUGUCAUGGUUAA